GUGCAGAUAUUGUCAUUAACAACAAAGUAAACGCAGCACUGUGGUAAAGGCACUGUUGCUGGUGUGAUGCUGUCUUGAAAUGAGAAUGAGGAACUUGUGCAGAAGCGUUGACAUCGAUCAUCUAGUGUUGAUCCUGUUGGUUAUUAUAGCACAUUAUGGCUUGUCCAGAGCUUCAAAUCAAGACUCAAACCUCCAGUUGUCCACUAAGACUCGCGUGGUGACUGGAAUUGAGGGAUCAUAUUUUUUUGUGAAGUGCACAGCCAAUGUUCCUGAGCCACCCCUGUCCCUCCAGUGGGUCUUACGAAGAAAAGACCAAGAUAGAAACAUGGUACAGUCUCGAUUGAGCAAUUUCUCAGUGGAGUUCAGGAUUGGAAAAUUAGACAGAUCAGAUGCUGGGGUGUACAAAUGCGUUAUGAUUCGAGCUGACAAAGAGGAAGAGGAAAAAGAAGUUGAGCUUCACGUCAAAGCAAAAGAUUCUUUUACUUCCCCCUGUGGCAUCACCCAGUUCCGAUGCAGACAAUCCCAUCGUUGCAUAUUUCAGCGCUAUAUCUGUGAUGGAGUCGAAGACUGCCCAGAUGGAGCAGAUGAAGAAGAAAGUCUGUGCACAGCCACACCUUGCAAAGGAAAAUACAUCUGUAACAACAGUAGAUGCGUGGACCAUAAGCUCGUUUGUGACAAAGUUGAUUCUUGUGGGGACAACUCGGAUGAAAUUGCAGGAUGUCUUCUGAAAGAUGAUAUUAGCACACCUGCAAUAAUUGAUGAAGGAGAACAUUUUAACUGGCUGAAAAAUACAGUAUAUACUGUUAUUGGGUGUACAGUGGCAAUAGUCAUUCUUAUUUCUUUCAUUGUCAUCGUGGUCUUCCGUCUGAAAAUGAAACGUUUGCGAGCACGUCGUCUGGCAAGAUACAUUGAACAGCAGUAUCGACAAGGGGGAAGCAACAGUUUUGAUACAGGACCAAGUGACCAAGACCCCUUCCUAGCCUUCAGCACCCAGUCUCAUUAUGGUAACAUUAUUGUCAAUGUUAAUAAUGGUGUACAGUGUGUGAGGCCUAUGGACUUGGCCACUGCAGCUACAGGUUUCCACCGGGAUCUUCCCCCACCUUACUCAGAGGUAGUGAAACCUGCUAUAGAUCCCCCACCUCCACCCUACAGCACACUUGACCGCCAGGGGGUGCAAAAGCAAGACGAAAACACAUCUGGUAACAUUGCUGGUUUUUCUGGACGUGGGUCUCUGUCACCAGUCAGGCAAGAACCAUUGGCCCAGACAGCAACUCCUUUGGAGACACCAUCAUCAGGUGGCCGUAGCGGUGCACUUGUGUCAGUCAGUGUUCUUUCUACAGGCUCUGGCUUAGCAAUUUUGCCUGUUGCACAUGGAGGGGAUGGGCAGCCUGGUCUGGUCCUUAAAAGGCAAGGUGCUUGUUCAGAGUCCUCUGUGCCAGGGCCUUUAUCUAAUCAGGCAUCUAGACAACAACGACUGAGCAGAAGCAGCAGGUGUGAUAGCAGCUCAGAAGGGAUUGCUGCCUCUGCUACAGAGGACACGUUAGCUGCCUCUCGGAGAAUAUCAUCUUCCAGAAAUGAAGAAAUUGGAGGGGAGCAUCAGCUGUCAUAUCAGUCAGAGUCAGAUGAACUUCAUAUUCCUCUAGCACCACCGCCCCGCUCAUCCUCCUUGGGCAACUCAUUAGCAGGACACGCCAUGCAGGAUCCAGUCCUGCGAGCUGCAUCUCCUGGGAACAGCAGCAUAAAUAGUAGCAAUCUUACUGUGCAGGAUGGAAGGAUUGUACUCACCACAGGAUCGGGUGUUGUCCAUGCAGGUCAAAGCAUAAUGAACCCUUCAUGUAGUGUAACCCAAAGCCCAAGUGCAGAAGGCCUUUUAAUGCCAGGGAAACUUGAAGUCCAUCAGGGACAGAUAAUCCUCAGCAACCCCCAUAGUUGUGUGGCAGGCAUUGAGACAGGGCUAGGCUCGCAUUCCAACAUUGGUGGAUGUGAACUUGAGGUCAGAGAUGGACAGAUAGUGUUUCGACGAUAGUUUGUGUAAAAUUCUUUCUUCCAGUUGUUCCUGGUUUUUUUUUUUCAUUAUUAAAACUUUUUUAAGAAUGCAAUGGAAGAGAAGAACUAGGUCUGAAAAGAAAAGAAAGAUAAAUUAGCCUACUCUCUAUGAAAUUUACAGGGUUGUUAUGUUUGUGUAUUUAUAUGUUCAGAUAAAGGCUAUGUUAUGAAGGUGCUGUUGAAUGGAAUUGCUGCAUCUGAUGUGUUCAGCAACAUCAAUUUUUGAUAUACUGUAUAAAAAAAAAAAAAAACUAUAUAAAGAGCUGGAGAGCAUGUUGCAGAUAUUUUCAGUUUUCAUUUGUGUUAUGUUAUUUUCAUUGGGAAAAUAACAGUUUGAAUAGGCAGCACAAGUAGAUGGGUUGUAGGUGUGAGAGAGCAUGUGCAUGGUGUGCGCUUGCAUAUAUAUACACACUCUUAUAUAUGAGUAUGUCUCUGCACAAAAAUGCUACUUCUAAGUUUGUUAACAUUUUUAACAUAAAAUCUAGUUUCAAUAUGUAAUAAAUUGUAAAAUGGCAUGUAUUAAUUUUUUAAGUAAAUUUUGCAGUCCCCAAAACAGGCAUUAAACCUUUUCCAGGCCAGGUAUUUUUUUAGAAAAGGCUCCUUUUUCAGGCCAAAUAUGUUUGUGAACGUUUGAGAAACAAAUAUGACAUACGUAAAAAUAAGAUGAAUGUCAUAGGGAGAGUAUAGAGAAUGCUGGUUGUACGUAGGCUUCAGAGUAGAUUGAGUUUGUUAAUAUAGAGCUAAAUUGAUGAACAUAUGUAGGAAGGAGGAUUGACUUCUGCAACAAGUGGAAUGUGCGAUAGAGCAUGUGUGACUACCAAAAAGGUAGCCUUUUGAUUUCAUAGAAAAUUUUCAGAAGCAAUUUUUUAUCUUAAAAACAUUUUUUAAAUAUUACUUAUGCUAAAAUAUAAAACUAGUCUCAUUACAGGGUACAAUGAUUUGUAGAAGAAUCAAAAUGCUAAAGAGCUAAUGGUCCUGAAAAAAGUUGAAACAUGCAGAAGACACAAAGGCAAGGGCUCCAUGUUUUCUUGGCACAGAUGUAAAAAGAAUAGAUCAAGGCCACAACCAUAAUGAUACAUUAAGUUGUGUUGUUCAAGUUUUUGAAGUUUAUUGUCCAUAAACAUUGUAAUUAUUGUUCUACUGCCAGUUUUGUGUGUGUGUAUAUAUAUCCACAGUGAUGGUUUUGUUUAUGAAAAUGAAUUUUUAAUCUAUACUUGUAAAUAGUAUGAGGUAACAAUGAUGUUAACAUCACUUUCACUACCUUCAAUUUUUGUAAAUUUUGUACAGUUAACACCAUAAAAGAAAGCUAGUUUCAUCAGUAGUAUGAUAAUCAGAGCAGAGUGACAAUUGAGACUUUUUUUACAAGCUGAUGAAGCAUAAACUGUGCAUAUAUUAACCUUCAAACCAUCUUGUUCCUCAUAUAUAUUUUAUUAAAGUAUACUUUAUAAGGUCUAUAGUAUUAAAAUGUACAGAAGGCUUAUGUUUCAUCUAGCAGCCAUAGUUCCUGUGGUUCUUCACGUGGUUUUAUAAUGUCUCAGGAUUUCCAAGUUUUAAAUUAAAUGGCACUUUUUUCAACUUAUUCAGGUAGAAUCUCGAUUGAACAAUUUUCAAAGAACUCAGCUAAAAAAUUAAAAAAAACAAAAAAAGUAAAUCUUAAUAUGAAUUUCAUUAUAAUGAAUAGUUCAAUAUAACAAACUAAAUUCAAGUACAAAGAGUAAAAAAAAAAUGCUGCUAUAACAAUGCUAUAACAAACUUUUCUUGCGUUGCUUGCCUGAUUUGCCAGAGUGGCAAGUAUGUGAAACGUGCCUGAGGAGGUUAGGCAGCAACCAGCCACAGUAAAGUGUUGGUAUCUGUGAUGCAGGGCUUCAGUGACAUUCAAUUCAGUUACCUUGAGCAUCUGUUGUGUGAGAGAAUGGAAGUGUGUUGUCUGCUUCAAGAGAGGUUUCAUCUGCUAGAGAAAUUAUUGUCAGUAUGAGAGCACAAUGAUAUUUAAAAAUUGGUUUUCUUAAAGACUGAGAAAAUUGAAGCAAAUGUACCGGAGAGAAACAUGGGACCACAGUGCAAAAAGAUGAAGACUGCUUUACUGGACGAUCUUGGCAAAUCUCGUUUUACCAGGUUUCAAGACACAGGGUCGUGGAAUAUUUCUGUGAGUGGCCCAUUUCUGCAAGAAAAAGCUCUAGACCUUGCAGCAACCCUCAAAGUGACUUACAAGCCAACAUAGGUUGGCUGAACCACUUCCAUGACAGAUUUGGUGUGAAGUAGCAAAUGCAGUGCAUGAGAAAGUGAACAAGUAAUGUUCAGAGGAAAUCAAGAAAAUUCUGUCUUUAUACAGUGAUGAGGACAUUUUAAUGUGGACGAAACAGUGGUUAUCUACCAGCUGCUUCCCCAUUGUACUUUGGAUUUGAAAAGGGAUACUUAGUGAGGAGGAAAGAAAUCCAAGCUUUCCCUGACAAUGCUGCUAUGCUGCAGCCCAAGAUUAGCACUUCUUUAACCACACCCACUUUGGAGAAGGUGAGGUAAUUUUUUUUGUCCUGUUCUUAUGACUAAUGACAUGAACCUUUGUUGUCUUGAAGAUGCUCUGCUGACAGCUGCUUCAAAGGAUCCAGCCAAAAAUUAUCGACUUUUUUAAAAAACAGUAGAUUCUGGUUUCUCUUAUUUAACAAUCAAAAAGCAUUCAAAACAUACAUAAGAUGUGUGGAUCUUUUAAAUGUGCUGGAGUCAAGACUUGUAAGCUGGAACAAUUUUAUCUUGAAUUUUUUUUCUUUUUUAAAAUUGAGAAUGAGACUUUUAAACUCCCAACUCGUGUUUUCAUGAAAGUUUUGCGUUUUUAUUUUAGCGAAAGAAAAUAAAGUAUUGCUAUAAAACUAAAAUCAUGCAAAAAGCUUAUUAAAUUUGGAGAAUCUUGAUGUAAAUAAUUAGCUGAUAAAGUGAUUUUUUUUUCUUUCUUCGAAUGAGUUUAUCGGGGUUCUACAUAAAUAAGAAUAUUCAUUUGUGUUCAUGUGCUCAUUAUCCUUACAUGUUACUUUUGUGAUAAAUAAGGUUCUUUGGGCCAGAGGCUUAUUCUUUCCAUUCUUUUCCUGCCCUUGUGAAUAUUCUGAAAUUUUAAAUUUUAGUACUGUUUCACUGUUUCUUGUAAUCGAAUUGUUGAAAAAACAUAUCUUUGUCAUUUAGCUUUUAGUAAGUUUUGUGAGCAGUUAUUUUGUUUCUUGUUUUUUAAAAUAUUCCUUGUUUGUUUUUUUCCCUUGAAAUGCAAGAUUUUUGAUUACUCAAAGUUCAAAGUGGUAGAUAUGUCUCUUUUUAUAGGUUCAAAAUUUCAGUUUGUAUUACUCCUCCCUCCCAGUCUCAAUUUUUUUGUGUGUUGUAAAAUCAAAUUGAUGUAAAACUGCAUUCAGUUAAAAAAUUAUGUACAAUAAUUGAUCAAAACAGUCCUGCCUUAAAAUUUUUAGUUGAGUCUUAUAUAGCCCUAGCGAUUUAAAAAUCUCCUUCUAGGCUUAUAUUCAGGAAGCAUUAUAAGCCCAUGCUGUUACACUACCUGAGCAAGGUCAAUUGGCUGUGUGUAACGAGUAGCUAAAACCGGAUUUCUGUGGCCUUAGAGUAUGUCAACACAAAUUUCCUUCUCAGCAGUUUGUCAGAUAUGACCCCUACCCAUAAAGUAGAUCAUGUUUGAUCAAGUCAAGCAGAUGUUCACAUGAAUUUUUCAAGACGUUUUUAACAAACUCAGAAACUUUGAUGGUACAUAAUUGCUUAGCAAAUACUGUUUUUGUUCAUUUCAUAAACAGAGACUAAUAGUUUAGUUUAGUCCUUGUUACUCCUCGAGGAGCAUAGGGCCGGAACAACACCUCGCCAGCGGACCCGGUUUUGGGCAGCCCCCUUCAUUUGGGC